GGUGCUUUUCACCAUUAAUAUAUUUUACAUCGCUUAAUCUUGUCUUUUGCUCGAAUUUGUUUUUUUUUUUUGCAUCUUCGAGCUAAAAUUUGAGAUAUGGAGGCUAUUUUGGCGACAGUAUUGUUGGGUAUCUUGCUAGCUGUGUUCAUUGUGAUAUCUCGACUGCGGAGUAAAUCUGUUCAGCCGAAAAGAAAGAUUGCCUCAAAUGUUCAGAACAAGGCAGUCAAAUCAUAUAGCAAAGCUGAAGUUGCACGGCAUAACAAGAGAACUGAUUGCUGGAUUAUUAUCAAAGAUAAGGUGUUUGAUGUUACCUCGUAUGUUGAAGAACACCCAGGGGGUGAUGCCAUCCUAGAUCAUGCUGGUGAUGAUUCAACUGAAGGUUUCUAUGGGCCGCAACAUGCUACGCGAGUAUUUGAGAUGAUUGAUGACUUCUGCAUCGGUGAUCUAGAAAUAUAAAUGAUUACUUCCAUCAAUUGAUUUGUAACGAAUUGUUCAUGUGAUGUAAAAAUUCGAGGAGCUUGCCUAUCUCAUAAUAAAGCAUCACUUGUGUCUCCGACAA